CAUCAAUCCCUCAAACGAUCAAUAGACCUUAUCAAAAUGCGAUCUCCCAAUGAUCUUACAACAUCAGCAACCAUGGAAGAUAUUCAUCAAAUAUGGUCUUGGAACGCUAACGUGCCUGAGGCGGGUGAGACAUGCGUUCACACCCUCAUCACCGACAAAGCUCUCCAGCAGCCAGAUGCACUUGCCGUCGACGCUUGGGACGGGAAGUGGACGUAUGGUGAGCUUGAGGAUACUUCUACCAAACUGGCGUUGCGUUUGCUCGACCUUGGAGUUGGCCCUGCAACCAAUGUUGUCAUAUGUUUUGAAAAGUCGAAGUAUACGCCUCUGGCUAUGCUGGCCGUCAUGAAGGCGGGUGGAGCCUCCAUUGCACUCGAUACAAGCCAGCCACAGCCACGAUUACAGUCUAUCAUCAACCAGGUCGACCCUGUAGUGAUACUAUGCUCCGCGUCCAAGAGCCAUUUGACCAAGUCAAUUAUCACCGAGUCUGCAGUAGCAUUGACAAUUGAUGAAAAUUCUCUAUCCAAAAUGAAUUUCGAGCCGGACUCGGUCGCCCGUCUCCCUGACGUUAGUCUAGACAACAAUCUCUACGUGGUCUUUACCUCUGGAAGUACAGGAACCCCCAAGGGCGUCGUCGUCACACAUCUCAAUUAUUCUAGUGUCAUUCUCCACCAACAAGAAGCGCAUGGCUUCAAGUCCACUUCAAGAGUAUAUGACUUUGCUUCGUAUGCUUUUGAUGUGAGUUGGUCAAACCUCAUCCACACCCUCACCAUCGGCGCCUGUCUGUGCAUUCCAUCAGAGCAGGACCGCAAGGACAAUCUCGUCGAGUCCAUACGCUCACUGUGUGCUACACAUGUCGAUGUGACCCCGUCUGUUGCUCGCCUUAUCCCUGAUUCCUUGCUCUGCAAGAUUGAAACACUUGUUUUAGGUGGCGAGAAGCUGUCUGCAGAGCUUGCCAGACAUUUGUCGUCGCUGGUAACAUUGAAAAAUCCGUAUGGACCGAGUGAAUGUACGCCUACAUCGACUAUCGCUACAAUUCGACCGGAUGAUGAUGAUUCAAAAAUUAGCAGCAUUGGCCGAGGCUUGGGUGUCAACAGCUGGGUUGUAGACAGUGAGAAUGAAGGAAUUUUGGUGCCUAUUGGACAGGUUGGAGAGCUAUUACUUGAAGGGCCUCUGCUUGGCAAUGGCUACUUGAACGACCAGACGAAGACCACUGCGGCCUUUGUCAACAAUCCGCUUUUUCUGCUCAAUGGCGGCGAUGGACCUGGUCAGCCUGGGAGGCGCGGGCGUCUCUACAAGACCGGCGACCUGGUCCGUUACGAGAAAGACGGUAGCUUGACAUUUAUUGGCCGUAAGGACACGCAAGUCAAGAUUAACGGCCAACGAGUUGAGCUGGGUGAUAUUGAGCAUCAUAUUUACCGCCACAUCCCACAUGGUACCGUGUCUGUGCGACAAAUUGCAGCAGAAAUUAUUUCACCAAAGACUGGUUCCAAUGCUGUCCUGGCAGUAUUCCUCGAGGUCGACCUUGGUGUAGAGGAUACGGGAACAGCGGAACAGUUGUUUUCAAAGACCGAGAAGAUGAUGUCUAACUUGAGAAGCAAUCUUGCUCGAGACGUCCCUUCAUAUAUGGUUCCUGCUGUAUUCAUUCCGUUGAGGAACUUCCCAUUGUCUCCGACAGGCAAGACAGACCGACGCCAACUGCGGGCCAUUGGUGAAUCAAUGGACUUGACUGUCUUGGCAGGCUUUGGCGCAGCACCUAAUGAGGCUCAGAUCCCUCUCACUCUGCGAGAGAAACAGUUGAGAAGACUCUGGGGCUCUAUCCUCAGGAUUGACGAAAACCUUAUUGCUCUCAACGAUAACUUUUUGCAAAGAGCCGGCAACCCAAAUGCAGCCAUGAAACUCGUCACUGCAGCUCGAAGAGAAGGCCUCUCCCUGAGCGUGGCCAACGUGCUGAAGUAUCCGCGACUUCAGGACAUGGCACAGGUGGUUGAAACAGUGGAGCAAGAGCAGGCACAUGAAAUUAUGCCAUUUGAGCUUCUGAGCAAUGAUAUCAAUCUUGAUCUAGCCCUCAGAGAGGCUGCAGCAUCGUGCAACGUACAAGAGAAUCAAAUUCAAGACAUUUAUCCCUGCACACCGCUACAGGAAGGCAUGAUCUCCCUAUCCGCAAAACGCGAGGGUGAUUACAUCAUGCAGUAUACGCUGGAGCUACACCAUCGAUGCGACAUAGAGCGCCUAGGUAAAGCCUGGGCGACAGUAGUUGCUACGACGCCCAUUUUGAGAACACGAAUUGUCGACAUCACUAGCCAGGGGUUGGUACAGGCUGUUCUAAACGAGCAGUGGUCAAGUUCGUCGAUCCAAAGGAGGACUCUGAGCCAGGCGAGAGACCACAAGCAUCAAUUCGGGCUAGGCAUGCCAUUAGGCAGAUUUGAAAUUGUCACCGGCGACUCGUCUGAUUUUAAGCACUACUUCGUCUGGACACUGCACCAUGCCCUGUAUGACGGGUGGUCACUUCAGCUUUUACUCGAAAAGCUCGAGAACGAGUACGCCGGAAAGGCAGACGCGCAGUCAAACUCACCCGACUUUAAACGGUUUAUCAGGUAUAUUUCAACGAGGGAUGGCGAGAAGACUCAUUCGUUCUGGACCGAACAGUUCCAAGACGUCGAAGCCCAGAUCUUUCCGAGCUUGCCAUCUGUCGACUACCAGCCUAGGUCGGACAAACUGUACACUCAUUCUGUGGAAGGAAUACAAUGGCCAAAAAAUGGAAUCACCCCAUCGACGACAAUUCGUGCGGCUCACUCUAUCUUGAUAUCCAGUCUGACCAACAGCCCCGAUGUUGUCUUCGGCAGCAUAACGACGGGCAGACAAGCCGCCGUGGAUGAGGUUGAAGAGCUUAUUGCACCAACUAUAGCCACUGUACCUGUGCGCGUUUCGAUCGACAGCAAAAACGAGUUGGGACAGUUUUUACAGCGAAUUCAAUCUCAGGCCGCAGAUAUGAUUGAGUUUGAGCAGACUGGGCUGCAUCAGAUUCGACAUAUCAAUGCAGAUGCGGAGCGAGCAUGCCAGUUUCAGACACUGCUUGUUGUUCAGCCCGCUGAGGGCUCGGCUACAGCACCGAGCGACAUUUUUACCAACAUUGCCGACGACAUAAGGAAAGGAGAUGGAAACAGCGCCGCAGAGCUGGGGACUUACGCCUUGACUAUGGAGUGUCUGCUCAAGAAAGAUGGCCUUGACCUCCAUAUGAACUAUUGUUCCGCGGUCAUAUCGGAGCAUCAAGUGCGCCGUUUGUCACAGCAGUUUGAGCAUGUCCUUGGUCAAAUAUGUCAUCUGAUGGCGAUAAUUCACAGACAGAGAACAACACUUGAAUCGCUGCGGCAGCCAACAUCGGAAACUGAGCGGCAGAUGCAGCGAAUCUGGGCACAGGUACUCAACCAUAAUCAAGCAUCAAUUGGGCUAGAUCACAGCUUUUUCCAACUCGGCGGCGACUCUAUUGCUGCCAUGGAAGUUGUGACUGAAGCUCGCAAGCUUGGCUUGAGACUGGCUGUGUCAGACAUAUUCCGUCGCCCGAAAUUGCAAGACGUUGCAAAGAAGGCUUGUGACAGUGGCCAGCAGGUUUAUGGAGAAGAGCAGCUCAUGAACGACUCAGAAGUCCAAGUUAAUGGAGGCACCGAGCACACUAAGCUACCCGACGAUGCCAAGGCAGUCGCUGGCCACGAAACGCAGCAAGUCAUGGUAUGGGAGGGAAUGUUCGAUAAGGAGGUCUAUGGAACUAUUGAUGAUGUCCAAUUGGAGAAGAUUGGGCGCGACUUCAUCGGAUGGACGUCCAUGUACAAUGGCAACCAAAUGGACAAUGUCGAAUUGAACGAGUGGCUUGACGAUACUAUUGCCACAAUACGCAGCAGCGGAUCGACAGCCAACAUACUCGAGCUGGGGUCCGGCAGUGGAAUGAUCUUGUUCAAUCUCGUCAACGGCCUGCACAGUUAUGUUGGACUUGAUCCGUCCGAAAAGGCCGUGGACUUCGUUUGUUCCACAGUUAAAUCCAUUCCCCAGUUGGCCGACCGUGUCUAUAAUAUAAAAGGAACAGCAGACAACAUCAACAGCCUAGGCGUACCCAUCUCUGCUGACAUGGUCAUCGUGAACUCUGUCGUCCAGUACUUUCCCAGUCAAGACUAUCUGCUCAAAGUAAUUGAGGACCUAGUUCAGCUGGAAACAGUCCGCACGAUCUUUUUCGGCGAUAUUCGCUCCUACGCGCUGUUUCGAGAGUUCCAGGUUACCAGGGCGCUGCAUAUUGCAGGAGAUACUGCAACCGAGGACGAGAUCCGACAGAUGAUGGCCAACAUGGAGCAAGUCGAGCUGGAGUUGCUGGUAGAUCCCGCUUUUUUCACAUCCUUAGUCGACCGGUUCCCUGGACUUGUCGAACAUGUGGAGAUUCUUCCGAAAAGAUUGAAGUCGACGAACGAGCUGAGUGCCUAUCGAUACGCUGCCGUCGUGCAUCUCAAAGACUCAAACCCACUGGCUCAGCCAUUACAACUCCACGAUAUCCAGAAAGAGAGCUGGAUUCACUAUUCCGGGCGUCAACUCAAUCGUCAGUCGCUGUUACAACUUGUACAAGAUUCUUUCUUACGAGACCCGUCCCCCUCAUCAGUUGUGGCCGUAUGCAAUAUACCUUAUAGCAUGACAGUCUACGAGAGGCACGUGCUUGAAUGGCUUGAUAGUGGCCUCACUGCCGGUCCCGAUGCUGAGGACUGGCUCUCUUCUAUCCGCCAAACAUCACAAGAAUGCUCGUCACUCUCGGCUCUCGAUCUGCAACAAAUAGCUCACCAAACAGGAUGGCAAGUGGAGAUCAGCUGGAGUCGGCAAUUUUCUCAGCGCGGUGGCUUGGAUGCCAUAUUCCACCGACACCAUUCACGAGGAGACCGAACCAGCAGGACUUUGUUCAACUUCCCCACAGAUCAUCAAGAACGGCCAUCUCAAUCGCUGAGCAAUUGGCCUUUGCAGCGCAAGCAACAGGGAGAAGAAAAGCAAAUAACUUUGGGAGAUGUUUCCACCGUCUGCAAAGAGGACUUGCAUGACAUCUGGACUUGGAAUGAAAUUGUCCCAGGCGCCCUCGAGGCCUGUGUCCACGAUCUCAUCUCGGACACAGUAAGAGCUCAGCCUCAAUCCCCUGCUAUUUGUGCUUGGGAUGGUGAGUGGACUUACAUCGAGCUUGAUGAUUUGUCUAGCCGUCUUGCACACGCGCUUGCUCCGUUUGGCGUUGCCAACACAGUUGUACCUAUAUGCUUUGAAAAGUCAAAAUGGACGCCAGUGGCAAUGCUGGCUGUGAUGAAGGCCGGGGCAGCGUCAGUCACCCUCGAUGCCUCUCAGCCUCUGGAAAGAUUACGGUCCAUUGUCUCCCAGACUGACCCUCGAGUGAUCUUGUCAUCGGCGUCUAAGCAGGACUUGGGUGUCCAACUCACUAGAGCUCCAAACCUUGUUGUUGACCAACAUUCCAUUUCUACUAUGCACAUCACCGCCGAGCCUCUUCCCACCGUUGAUCCGUCCAGCAAACUAUAUAUUGUUUUCACAUCUGGCACCACGGGUGUUCCUAAGGGCGUUAUUAUCACACACUCUAACUUUAGCAGUGCCAUCCGACACCAACAAGAAGCUCAUGGUUUCAAAUCGACAUCUCGGAUUUAUGACUUUGCCUCAUACGCGUUUGACGUUAGCUGGUCUAACUUCAUACAUGCACUUACUAUUGGUGCCUGCUUGUGUAUUCCGUCAGAUGAGGACCGCCGUGAUGACUUGGCCGGGUCGUUGGAGAGGCUCGGCGCUACCCAUGUUGACAUGACGCCUUCCGCAGCAAGCUUGCUCCCAGAGAAGUCAUUCAAAAGGCUUGAGACGGUUGUACUCGGAGGCGAGAAGCUUUCUGUAGAGAGCGCACAGCGCUGGAGCUCACUGGUCAGCCUCAAGAACCCAUACGGUCCCAGUGAAUGCACGCCCACGGCUACCAUUGCGACGGUAACACCCACCGAUGAGUACAAAUCCAGUAUUGGAAGAGGACUGGGUCUGAAUACAUGGAUUGUGGAUACUGUUACAGAUUCUUUAGUUCCAGUCGGCGGAGUCGGAGAGCUCCUGCUCGAGGGGCCUCUCGUUGGCGCAGGGUACCUCGGCGAUGACACAAAGACGGCCGCUUCCUUUGUGCAAGACCCUCAGUUCCUUUUGCAAAUAUGCCCUCAAGGUCAAGCAAGACAUACCAGAAUGUAUAAGACUGGCGAUCUGGUUCAUUACAACCCGGACGGAAGUCUUAGUUUCGUUGGGCGCAAGGACGCUCAGGUCAAGAUUCAUGGCCAGCGUGUCGAGUUGACCGAGAUUGAGAGCCACAUUCGUCGCACUUCUAAGACUAUCCAGGUGGCUGUUUUGUUUGCCAAGUCAGGGCUGUGUGCAAAUAGGGUAGUUGCAUUUGUCUGCAUCCAGGGAACUGGCCAAACUCAGACAGCCGCCGAUCAAAUUCGACUCAUCGAUCCCAAGUAUUCGACCCUUGCUACUGCUUACACCGAGUCCGCAAAGUCUAGUCUUAGCGACACUCUUCCUACUUAUAUGAUUCCCUCAAUUUGGAUUCCACUCCAGCAUGUUCCGUUGUCAACGUCCGGAAAGCUCGAUUACAAAGCUUUGAAAUCAUGGCUUGAUAGCAUGGACUCUAAGACGUUUGCCAAUAUUUUAACUGCGUCUGAUGGCGACGUGGAGCUUCGCAAGGCUGAGACAGAAUUGGAACAGGUCAUAGUAGGGGCUUGCGCUACAAUUCUCAACAUUACAGCAUCGAAGGUGAACCUGGAUCGGUCGUUCAUUGCGAAUGGUGGUGAUUCCAUCUCCGCCAUGAGGCUCGUUGCUCAUUGUCGCGCGAACAACGUCGUAUUUUCGGUGGCUAAAUUGCUAAAGAGCAAAACUUUGGCCGCUUUGGCCUCAUCAUCAGAAAUCAAGUCAGCUUCCAACAUGUUGGGCUUCUAUGAGGAGAAAAGUGACUCUUUUGCGUUGUCGCCUAUCCAACAGUGGUUCUUUGAACAAGGUCUCUACAAGAGAUCCAAUGACAACUUCGACAAUCAAGGAUUUUAUCUCAAGGUUAAGCGCCCAUUAUUGACAAAGGAUAUUGACUCGGCGAUUUCCAAAGUUGUUCAGCAUCACUCUAUGUUGAGAGCUCGCUUUCAUCGGAACGGCGACGAGUGGACCCAAAAAACGCUUAAGCCUGACACCAAUGGUUUAUAUCACUUUGGUGUCCAUCACACGUGCCUUCCAGCUGAUAUAGAGCGACUAGCUCUAUCACGCCACCAGAGUCUCGACAUCGAAAAGGGGCCAGUAUUCUCUGCUGACAUUUGCCAUAAUGCGUUUGGAGAACAGUACCUGAUCCUGAUUGCUCACCAUCUUGUUGUUGAUUUAGUCUCGUGGCGUGUCAUUCUGGAGGACAUAGAAUCUCUACUCGGUGGUAGUAAUUUGCAACCAAGUCUUCCAUUUCAAGUCUGGAAUGAUAUGCAAAUUGAGCGGGCGAAGGAAUCGAGCCUACUUGAUCCUGAAAAUGUUCUUUCGACCACUGGAAUCAAUAACAACCUUGAUUUCUGGCAAGCCACAGCAGAAACCAAGAACACCGUCGAAGAUCACCUAAACUUCUGUACCAAGAUCGACAGCAGCAUUACAGAGCUCAUCCUCAAAGACGCAAAUUACCCGUUCAACACUGAACCUAUGGACCUCCUUCUUGCGGCUGUUUGGCAUGCAUUCUUCAAGACGUUCCCCCAAAGAGACGGUCUCACCAUUUUUAUUGAAGGACAUGGUCGCGAGUCGUGGUCCUCGGAUAUUGAUCUUUCCCGCACUGUCGGCUGGUUUACUACCAUCAGCCCCAUCCAUGUGUCAAAGAGCGACGUAUACCAGUCUGUCGCAAGUCUAGUGCGCGUUGUCAAAGAUGCGCGGCGGCUCCUGCCUGCAAAUGGCUGGGCUUACUUUGCUUCGCGAUAUCUCAAUGAAUCGGGAAAAUCGGCGUUCAAAUCGCACGACUCUAUUAUGGAAAUAACCUUUAACUAUCAUGGCCAAUUUCAACAGCUGGAGAACGAGAAGGGGAUGUUUGAAAAGGUUACGCUCAGUGGAGUCUGCGAGCAAGGACCAGCUCUUCCCGCCUCUUCCUUGAUUGCUGUCGAAGUCUCGAUAGAUCGAGGGCAGGUCACCUUCGACAUUUCUGCCAACCGCUACAUCAAUCACCAGGAUGGUAUUUCAAAUUGGAUCAAAGCAAUUUCACAGUCAUUGGAGACCAUUUCCAACGAGCUUGUGUCUACAGAAACCUCACAUCGCACGCUUUGCGACUACGAAUUUCUGAGCCUCGGAUAUACGGAGCUGAAUCGAUUACAGGAAAGUGUCAUCCCAGAAAUCGAGAAGCUAAAUGAUUCCACAGUAGAAUACAUUUACCGCUGUCUUCCCACAGUUGAUGGUAUUCUGAUCAGCCAAUUCAAAGACCCAGAAUCGUAUAAAACAGUGCAACAUUUCGAGAUUACUUCCCACAUCGACGACCAAAUCGACCUAGAGCGUCUUUCUCUAGCAUGGCAAAAAGUGGUUGCCAAUCAACCUGCCCUACGAACCGUCUUUAUCCCUGGCACGGACAAAGCCGCUGCAUUCAAUCAAGUUGUGCUGUCUCAGUACCACGCCGAGCUCAUCAUCCUGCAUACUGCCAGCGACGAGUACACCGAAGCCUUGGAGAUGUUCAAGAAUCUAACCCCAAUCAAUUAUCAGAGCUUCAAGCCUCCUCACAGAGUCGCGCUGUGUCGAAUCUCACCUAGUAGAGUACUCUGCCAGGUUGAGAUGAGUCAUGCCAUCACAGACGGUGCAUCGACGUCUAUUUUGGCCAAUGAUCUUCUCCAGGCAUACAACGGCAACUCGAUGCCAAUAAAUCUCAUGGACACAGCAUGUGAGUUUGCUCGGGCCCAACUCACUUCCUCUUUUGGGGAAAAACUGUCAUACUGGAAGAAAAAGCUUUCGGGAAUGGAUCCCUGCCACUUCCCCAAAAUUUCGGGUGCUUCAACACAAGGCACCGGUACAUCCGUCUGCACAAUUCGUGGCUCUCUGUUUAGCAAAAUCCAGGAUUACUGCAAUUCAGUAGAAGUCACGACGGCCAGUUUAUUUCAGAGCAUAUGGGCACUUACUCUGGCCGCCUAUACCGGCAACGACUCGACAUGCUUUGGGUAUCUAGCAUCUGGCCGCGACUUGCCUAUUGCUGGUAUCGAUAAAUCUAUCGGUGCAUUUACAAACAUGUUGGUUUGUCGAGUCAAUAUUAACCGAGAAACUGAAAUACUUCAAUUUGUUCGGACUGUUCAUGAUCAAGUUAUGCAGGAUCUGGAGCACCAGCACUGCUCACUAGCAAGCAUCCAGCAUGAACUAGGCAUAAAUUCCGAUAACCCUCUUUUCAACUCCAUCCUAUCAUAUCAGAAGCAGGACGAUGAGCCGGCAGGAGACGAGGGUUUUUACGACAUUGUGUUGAAUAUUGGGCACGCUACCGACCACAUCGAAAUUGUUUUUGACUAUAACCACGCCUGUCUUUCAAGCAUCCAGGCAGAGAGCAUACUUUCACUCAUGCAAUCUACAGCUGCCGCUCUAGUUCAGCAUGCUUCGGGAGAUCAUCAGACUUUAAGAAGCGUCAACAUGGUCAGCACUGAAGAUAUAUCUGACAUAUGGCAAUGGAACUCAGACGUGCCAGUCACUGUCGACGAUUGUGUGCAUCAUAUCAUCACGCGAACUUGUCAUGAACGCCCCCAAGCUCCGGCAAUCUGUGCAUGGGAUGGCGAUUGGACCUAUGCUGAAGUCAAUAAGCUGUCAGAUAGACUUGCCCACCUUCUAGUCUCCUACGGUGUUGGCCCUGAAGUGGUUGUCCCGCUUUGCUUCGAAAAGUCAAAGUGGACACCCAUAGCAAUGAUGGCUGUCAUGAAGGCAGGAGGCGCAUCUGUUGCCAUGGACUCAACCCAACCAGAGGAACGCCUGCGAGCAAUCGUAAAUCAAGUGAAGUCACCUAUUAUCUUGUCAUCAUUUGCCAACGAACAGCUUGCAAGCCGACUAAUCAGCGAGCUUCCCAGCCCCACCAAAGUCCUCACAAUAAGCGACAAAGAAUUGGAAAUUUUGAAUGUUCCGAGUGGAAGCCAACUUCCCCAUGUCAACCCCAGUGAUACGCUCUAUGUGGUAUUCACAUCCGGUAGUACAGGGGUGCCAAAGGGAGUGGCAGUUACUCACUCCAACAUUGCCAGUGCGAUCAAACACCAGCGACACUCGCUUGGGUUCACUUCUGAAUCUAGGGUAUUCGACUUUUCUUCCUAUAUGUUUGAUGUUGUCUGGUGCAACUUACUACAGGGUCUUUCUGCUGGAAGCUGCCUUUGCAUCCCGAGCGACAAUGAAAGAAAAACUGACUUUAUGGCCGCUAUUGUUAGGAUGAGGGCAAACCUUGUCAUAUUGACACCUUCUGCUAUCCGCGGCCUGAAGCUUGACGCUCUGAACAGCCUAUGCAACCUCCACUUCAUCGGCGAACCUUUACAUGUUGACACUUUUAGAUCAGUUGACGAAAGUGUCAAGAUAUCCAACCUAUAUGGCCCCACUGAAUGUACAACAUUCAGCACAGUACAAACCAUUUGCGGCAGACAGCAUCAGUCAAUUACAAUUGGCAAGGGAGCGGGUCUAAAUACCUGGGUCGCGGACAUAGCCACUGGUACGGCUCUUGUACCAAUUGGCAGUGCGGGAGAGCUUCUACUUGAAGGCCCAUUAGUCGCCGCCGGCUACCGGGAUGAUGCUGUCAAAACAGCUGCCGCAUUCGUAUAUGACCCGCCAUUUCUUCUGCGUGGAUCGGUGGGUCAACCUGGCAGACGUGGCCGCCUAUACAAAACCGGAGAUAUUGUUCGGUAUAACUCCAACGGUACUUUGACUUUCCUUGGCCGAAAGGAUUCGCAAGUCAAGAUCAACGGACAGCGAGUUGAGUUCGGUGAUAUUGAGUCUCACAUAAACGGGGCGCUGCUACCGGACUUCAGUGAAGGUCAAGCUUUAGUCGAGUUUGUAACACCGCAAGGAAGCUCACGUCCAAUGCUUGUAGCUUUUGUUUACUUCGGACCUACUGUCACUGAGGGCAUGGGUGAGGCCGAUCUGCUAAGCCUAGCCAAGCGCACAGCCAUAUCGCUGGAUGAGAGUCUUGCUGCUCGAAUCCCUGCAUAUAUGAUACCAUCCGCUUAUAUUCACUUGCAGAAAAUUGCUGUCACAGCGACAGGCAAGACAGACCGCCGUCGUUUACGCGAGAUGGCCAAAGAUGUUACCUGGGACCAGCUCAUUUCAACUGACUCCCACGGUCCUGAUCGUUGUCAACCUGGCACAGAGAUGGAGAUACAGCUGCAGAUCCUAUGGGGGACUGUGCUAGGAGUUGAAAGUAGUUUGAUCGGUGCACACGACAACUUCAUGCGCGUCGGUGGUGAUUCCGUGGGCGCAAUACGCUUAGCGAGUUCUGCCCGGGAACUUGGUUUCACGCUGGACGUGGCUGAUAUUCUCAAGAACCCGAAACUAAGUGAUAUGGCAAAACUUAUGAUACGAACAGAGCCGUCGCAGGAUAUUUCGAUCAAGGAAUUCUCUCUCCUCAAACCUGGCUCUGAUGUCGACAGGGCCGUUGCAGAGACAUCCGCUUUAUGUGGCGUGGACGGUAACCAAGUUGAAGACUUGUAUCCUUGCACACCCCUGCAAGAGGGCUUGCUGGCGCUGACAACAAAGCGCCCCGGCGACUACAUUAUCCGGUGCAUUUUGGAACUGAAGAGAUCAACAGACGUCAAAAAAUUCUGCGCCGCUUGGCAGGCGGUGUUGGAGAGCACCCCAAUACUACGAACUCGGAUUGUAGACAUCGCGGAACAAGGUUUGGUGCAAGCUGUCAUCAAACAACCAGCACAGUGGACAUCGGCAGAAGCCUCCAGCUUGGUAGACUUCAUGGCUGCUGAUAAUGAGAAGACAACUGGUUUGGGUAUGCCCUUGGUGCGAUUCGGACUAGUGCAAGAGACGAACAAACACUUUUUUGUUUUGACUCUGCAUCAUGCAGUAUAUGAUGGCUGGGCGCUGAACCUGGUCUUCGAAAAGCUCGAAAAUUUUUAUGCUGGGUCUUCCAGGCAUGAAAGCCCGGAUUUCAGACACUUCGUCAAGCACAUUUCCGGUCUCGACAACGACGCGGCUGCCAAGUUUUGGAAAGACCAACUCCAAGGCUCAGAGGCACCCACUUUUCCCUCCUUACCAACUGCCACGUUCGUGCCCAAGUCUGAAAAGACCAUUUUGCACACAGUUGAAGAGUUGCAGUGGCCCAAGACUAAUGUCACUGCUUUUACGUUGGUGCGUGCGGCACUGUCACUUUUGACGGCGGCCUACACCAAUUCAGAAGACGUUUGCUUUGGCGUGACUUCCAACGGUCGGCAGGUUGGGCUCCCUGGAGUAGAAAGAAUGAUAGGUCCGACUAUUGCGACAGUGCCAGUUCGUGUUCGCAUUGACCGCGAGCAGCGUCUCCAAGCCUUCCUCACACAGAUGCAGCAUCAGUCCAUUGACAUGAUAGCGUUUGAACAGUUUGGUCUGCAGCAAAUACGGAAGUCAAGUCCUGACGCCGAACGGGCCUGUGACUUCCAGUCACUUCUCAUUGUCCAGCCAGCAGAAGAGACAGCCCAGUGGCAGAGCGAUAUAAUUGCCCGUGAUAUCGGAGAAGGAUCUGAUAAUCCUAUGGGCAUUCAAGAGGUUGGAACAUAUGCCCUUACUCUCGAAUGCCAUCUCGGACCCGACAAAUUGCUCAUAAAGGCCAACUUUGAUUCCAAUGUAAUCGAUGAACUACAGGUCAAGCGAUUUACAAAGCAGUUUGAGCACGUGCUUCGUCAAAUAUGCUGCUCUGGCAGUGGCCUUGCCGUUUCUGAUAUUGAUACCACCAGCAGACAAGACAUGGAAGAUAUUUGGGAGUGGAAUGCUGUAGUUCCCGAGUCAGUCAACACGCCUGUUCAUGAGCUCAUCUCCUCUGUGGCACGCAGACUGCCGCAUGUGCAAGCUGUAUGCGCAUGGGACGGCAACUGGACUUACCGUCAACUGGAUGACCUGUCAAAUUAUGUUGCGCACCACCUCGUCGGCCUUGGUGUUGGCUCUCAGGACAUCAUACCACUGUUGUUCGAGAAGUCCAAGUGGAUGCCAAUCGCGAUGCUUGGUGUCAUGAAAGCAGGAGCGGCGUCGGUGGCUAUCGAUACCAGUCAGCCCAAAGACCGACUUCGCAUGAUUAUCGACCAGGCAAAUCCCACAGUCGCGCUAAGCUCAGCUGAUAAGUUGCCUCUUGUCCGGAGUCUGACAAAGGCGCAAAGCUUCGUUGUCAAUGGCCAAGGUAUUGACUCCUUAUUAAAACCUAGCCUUAAUGCUACACUUCCAGUUGUCGAUCCGUCCAGCAGACUGUAUUUGGUCUUCACCUCUGGUAGUACGGGUGUCCCGAAGGGUGUUAUAAUUCGACAUUGCAAUUUUGCCAGUGCAAUUAAACACCAGAAAGAAGCUCAAGGCAUCCUUCCAAUCUCGCGUGUCUAUGACUUUGCUUCAUAUGCAUUUGACGUCGCAUGGGCCAAUGCGCUAUUGACCUUUGAGAGCGGCGCUUGUCUCUGUAUCCCAUCCGAUGCUGACAGAAAGGAUAAUCUAAACGGUUCAAUUGCGCGACUGAAGCCCACUCACGCCGACCUUACGCCUUCGGCAGCACUAGUCCUGUCCAAAGAGUCACUUCAGCAGCUUGAUACCCUCACUUUAGGUGGCGAACGUCUCCUAGCGGAGUACGCAACAAAGUGGUCCCAGUUUGUGACAGUCAAAAACUCAUACGGACCAAGCGAGUGCACUCCAACUGCCACAUUUACCGAGGGCAUGAGGCGUGGAUACGAUCUUGGUGCUAGCAUUGGUAAGCCUGCUGGUCUCAACACUUGGGUGGUUGAUCCUGUGACGGGGCAGUCGCUCGUUCCCAUUGGAGGCGUCGGCGAGCUGUUCUUGGAGGGGCCGCUUGUCGGUGCUGGCUAUCUUGGUGAUGCAAAGAAAACGAAUGCUGCUUUUAUCCAUGACCCACCAUUUUUGCUCCGCGGCAACGUUGUCGCGCAACCUGGACGACGCGGCACGCUGUACAAGACGGGUGACAUUGUGCGAUACAACUCAGAUGGCAGUCUCACUUUUGUUUGUCGGAAAGAUACACAAGUCAAGAUCAAUGGCCAGAGAGUAGAGCUUGCUGAGAUUGAGAGUCAUAUGGCUCUAUACCCAGCGACCCGACAAGUGGCGACCCUAUUGCCUAGCACUGGCCUCUGUGCAAGCAAGCUGGUAGCUAUGAUCAGCCUCACAGAUGUGAACUAUGAUGUUAGCGAGGACCUCGCCGAAAACAAGAUUGAGCUGGCAUCUUCGGAACAUGACCAACUCAUCAAUGAGCACAUUGAGGCCCUUCAAUCGCUCUUGCGCGAGUCUUUGCCGCAGUACAUGAUUCCAUCUCUGUGGGUGGUCUUGUACAACCUCCCUAUGACCGCAUCGGGAAAGCAAGACAAUAAGGCACUCAAAUUCUGGCUGGAAAAUAUGGAUGAAACGCUCUUUUCUAAAAUCAACAAUGCGAACGGUAGCGACAUUAUCCGAAAACCAGACACGGAAGGCGAAAGAGCUCUCAGCGAGAAAUGCAGUAUUGUCCUUAAUAUGCCCGUCGACAAGAUCAAUCUCGACAAAUCUUUUAUUGCGAAUGGUGGAGAUUCCAUUGCCGCCAUGAGGCUUGCAUCCCACUACAGAACUGCGGGAAUUCCCAUCUCAGUCCCAACACUCCUUCAAAGUAAAACCCUCGCGGAUUUCGCAGCAUUUUCGGGCGCAACAGCCAUUACCGGAGUCAGCCAGGAAGAGCAUACUGACGUUCCUUUCGAACUAUCACCCAUCCAGCAGUGGUUCUUUGACCAAUCGCCAUUUAUGAGCCAGCAGAAGCAUGACAGAUUCUACAACCAAGGAUUCUAUGUGAGACUCAGGCGCACAGUGGGAAUCAAUGAUCUAGAAUCAGCCUUUCUUUCUCUGGUCAAUCGGCACGCGAUGUUACGCUCGCGAUUCCAGCAUCAUGGGGGCAAAUGGAAGCAAAUAAUCCUCAGUCACAGCAAACGAGCUCUUCAUUUGAACCUAUCGCAGCACCUGUCCAUGAGCGAGAUUGCAUCGUUAGCUCAAGAGCGGCACCGACAGAUUGACAUAGAGAAAGGUCCUGUCUUCUCGGUUGAUAUUUGCUUACUAGGCCAGCAGCAGUAUUUGGUCAUGAUAGCCCAUCAUUUGGUUACCGAUUUGGUCUCCUGGCGGAUUAUCUUAGAUGAUCUGGAGACUAUUCUCAACGGCCAUUCCCUAACGGCCGCUCUACCCUUCCAAGUGUGGAGCAGGCUGCAAGCUGAGCGGGCUGUAUCUUCCACUUUGGAGCCUCACAACUUGCUGUCGACUGACGGCGUCCAUAACAAUCUCAAGUUUUGGAAGUAUACGCACGACACGCCCAACUGCUUGGCAGACCACAGGCUCCGAUCGGUCACCAUUGAUCGAGAAACUACGGCUGUACUACUGGGCGAGGCAAACAAAGCCAUGAACACAGAGCCAGUAGAGAUCCUUUUAUCGGCUGUUUGGGAUGCAUUCCUUCGGACGUUUCCCCAGCGCAACAGCCUGACCAUAUUCAACGAAGGUCAUGGUCGCGAAGCGUGGUCUGACGAAAUUGACUUGUCGAGCACUGUUGGAUGGUUUACCACACUCAGUCCCAUCAACAUCUAUAGAAAUGAUGCCACCAGCGAGACCGACAUGGUGCGGCUCGUCAAGGAUGCCCGCCGCAGCCUUCCCGCGAACGGCUGGGCUUACUUCACCUCCCGAUAUCUGAACCCCGACGGGCAAAGAGCUUUUGAAAGCCAUAACACAGUAUCUGAAGUUGUUUUCAAUUAUCAUGGCCAAUUCCAACAACUAGAAAGUCAUCAAGCACUUUUUGAAGACAUUGAUCUUGUCGAUGUACGUGAGCAAGGUCGCUCAAUAUCUGCAGGGUCUUUGUUUAACAUCGAGGUUGCCAUUGAAGCAAUGCAAGCGCGCUUUGAAUUCUCCGUCAAUCAAAAUAUCGCUCAUCAGAGCUUGAUUAACCAGUGGAUUGACCAGAUUCAACCCUCUUUGGAAAAGAUUUGCCUCGUCCUUCUCGAGGCCAACCCAACGCAUACGCUGUGUGACUUCAAGUUUAUCAGUCUCGACUACCAGCGCCUUGACGAUCUUACCAGUCGACUACUUCCGGAGAUCGAGUCAAUCAACCAUUCAACUGUUGAGGAGAUUUUCUCGUGCUCUCCGAUUGUCGAUGGAAUGCUCCUCAGUCAGAUAAAGCAGCCAGAAUCAUACAAGACACUUCAACAAUACGAGGUGUUGUCGUCUCAUGACCAUCCUAUCUGUCUCGACACCCUCAAAGUUGCUUGGCAAAAGGUAAUUUCUCGCCAGCCUGCCCUGAGGACAGUUUUCAUCGCUGGCCUUGACGGAUCUACCGCCUUUUACCAGGCCCUUCUCAAAGAGUGCUCCGGGGAUGUUGUCGUUGUUGAGGCUAAAACUGAAGAGGAAGCCCUGAAAGCCUUUUCCUCGCUUCCGAAAGUCAAUUACCAACAGGCCAAACCUCCUCAUCGCCUCGCUCUUUGUCAAACGCCGGAUGACAAAGUCUUUUGUCAGAUAGAAAUGAGCCAUGCUAUUACUGAUGGUGCCUCUUCCAGCAUUUUGAUCAAGGAUCUGAUUGACGCCUAUGGUGAUAGGCUGUCGUCAACAGACCUUGUCAAAACAACACGCGAAUUCGCUAGCCACUUGCUGGCUAAGCCACAGUCCCAAAUAAUUUCGUAUUGGAACACAAAACUCAAGGGCCUUGAACCUUGCCGCUUUCCAUCCCUAUCGAGCCCGUCUCGGGAGAAGCACGAGUGUAGCUCGGAGAUUGGAGUUUUUGUCGAAGACAAGAUGUUUGCGCAGAUUCAAGACUUCUGUAGCAUAAACCAGGUCACGCCAGCAAGUCUCCUCAAGAGCGCCUGGGCUUUGACACUCUCGACCUACGUACAAAGUCAAUCUGUCUGCUUUGGCUAUCUGGCAUCUGGUCGAGACCUCCCAAUCGCCGGAAUGGACGAAUCUGUCGGCGCUUACACUAACAUCAUGGUCUGCCGUGCCGAUUUGGAUGGGCGACAGCCUGGUGUGGCACUCGUGCGACAAUUUCAGGAUCAAUUAAUGCAGGACUUGAGCUUCCAACAUAUAUCGCUUGCUAGCAUUCAACAUGAGCUUGGACUGGCGUCCGAUCAGCAGCUUUUCAACUCUAUUGUCUCUUUUCAGAGGUCAGGAGACGAUAAUGAACAAUCAGCUGAGGAGGGUAAACUUCGAUUCAAGAAUAUUGAUGGUUUGGACCCAACAGAAUACGACAUCGUAUUGGGUAUCAACCAAGGAACCAGCUCCAUCGAAAUUGACCUUGAAUUCUCCCACAGCUGUCUCACCAGUAAUCAGGCAAAACGCAUUCUGGAGCAUCUGGAGUCAAACAUUGCCGCUAUUCUUCACAAUGAGCCACCUGCUCUGAUCGGUCACCAAGAUGAGCAAGAUAUUUGGAGCUGGAACUCCACUGUUCCUGACAUGGCCAACAUCUGCGUUCACGAUCUGAUCUCCAAGAUGGUAUUCCGCCAGCCGGAUGCGCCAGCUGUUUGCUCAUGGGACGGCGAUUUCACCUAUGCGGAGCUGGAUAGCUUUGCAACACGCCUUGCCAAUAGCCUCAGCAAGAUGGGCAUCGGAAGUGGCAGCAUCGUCCCGAUAUGUUUUGAAAAGUCAAAAUGGACACCAGUUGCCAUGCUAGCAGUUAUGAAAACAGGUGCAGCCUCUGUUACGAUGGAUACGAGCCAGCCUGAAGAACGGCUCCAGUCUAUUGUUGCACAGGUGGAUGCUAAACUUGUGAUCUCUUCGACAUUGAAGGCUGAGCUAGCAGCCAGGCUCACAACGGCUACCGUCUUGGCUAUAGACAAAGCCAGCAUGGGGGCGAUGGCUGAUAAUACACCGCUGGCUGCAGUCGAUCCCGCAAACAGUAUUUACAUUGUCUUCACAUCAGGGAGCACUGGCACGCCAAAAGGUGUCAUCAUCACUCAUACCAACUACAGCAGCGCCAUCAAGCAUCAGCAGAGCGAACACGGCUUCAAGCCAUCCUCUAGGGUCUUUGACUUUGCCUCUUAUGCGUUCGAUGUCAGCUGGUCCAACUUCUUGCACACCUUGACCAUUGGGGCCUGCUUAUGCAUUCCUUCUGAUGAUGAUCGUAACAAUGACCCAGCGGGCGCAAUUGACCGCUUACGGUGUACACACGUUGAUAUGACCCCCUCGGCCGCAAGCGUCUUACCUGCCAGUACGUUGGCUAAAUUGGAUACCAUUGUUCUGGGAGGCGAGAAGCUCUCGCUUGAAUAUGCCCAACGCUGGUCCGCCCUGACAAGCGUGCGUAAUCCGUACGGGCCUUCCGAAUGCACACCGACGUCGACAAUCACUGAGAUCAAUUCUGCGGAAUUAAGCAAGGGCAAAGUGAGCAUCGGCAAAGGAGUGGGACUCAAUACUUGGAUUGUUGAUCCUGCUACUGCACAACAUUUGAUGCCUAUUGGCAUCCCUGGUGAGUUAUUACUCGAAGGUCCGCUUGUUGGUGCUGGCUAUCUCGGAGACCCUGUCAAAACCGCCUCAGCAUUUAUUGAAAACCCAGAAUUCCUAGUCAAAGGCGCUGGUCCAGGAAUUCCAGGCCGCCGUGGUCGUCUGUACAGGACGGGCGAUCUAGUCGCCUAUAAUACCGAUGGUAGCUUGUCAUUUGUGGGCCGAAGGGACUCUCAAAUCAAGAUAAACGGGCAACGCGUGGAAUUAGGCGACAUCGAGUCGCACGUUUCUGCAAACCUGGUGAGUCAUGACAGUGCUCAGGUUGCGGUCGAGGUUGUGUCACCCCAAGCUAGCUCCAACAACAUACUUGUCGCCUUCGUGAGCUUUGACGACCUGAAUUCUAUCAACCUGAAUGAUGAAAAGCUUCUUGCCCGCACGAAAGCGGCGACCGAGGGAAUUAGGGAGAAACUCGCGACACAAAUCCCAUCUUAUAUGAUUCCUUCGGUCUACAUCCCUGUUACUGUUUUUCCCACAACAGCUACUGGGAAGACUGAUCGGCGCCGACUACGUGAAAUGGCCUCAAGCCUCACCCUGGAGCAGCUUACCUCAAUCAACCAAGCUCAACAGCAAUAUCAACCCCCCACUACUCCUUUGGAAGUGGCACUUCGGGAGCUCUGGAUCUCAGUUCUCAAAUUAGGAUCGCGAAAGAUUAGCACUGCAGACAACUUCUUCGAACUUGGUGGGGAUUCCAUCGGUGCUAUGAGGCUGGUAGGCGCGGCCCGUGACCACGGACUAUCGCUUUCUGUUGUAGAUAUUUUCAAGCAUCCUAAGUUCAGCGAAAUGGCUGCUUUGCUUCGUUCUGUGGAUAAGACGCAGUCGGAAGAGCCACGGGUAUUUCAACCCACUUCGCUUCUGUCCAAACAUCACAACAAAGACCAGAUACUCUCUCGACUCUUUGAUCUGGGUAUUGACUUGGGUAAUGUUGAAGACAUCCUCCCUGUCACGGAUCAUCAAGCUCGUUCCAUCGCGAUGACUCACUCUGCGUCCCGCGACUUGCUCCUCUAUCACACUUUAGAUAGCAAGGGCGUGCCAAAUAUGCGCAAGAUGCGAGCAGUGUGCAAUGAGCUGGUCAAUAGAUAUGAUCUCAUGCGAACCCUUUUCAUCGCACAUAAAGACAGCUUCUUGCAGGUCGUGCUGAAGGCCUUUCCUGUGGAUAUAACCGUCUUGAGAAUUGAGAAUGCCAGCCUAGAGGAAUGCACAGAAGAGCUACGAUUACGCGACAGGGACGAUGAGCUCCGUUAUGGCUCGCUCCUAACAAAGAUUGCUAUUUUGCAUCAAAUCCGCGACAAUGAAUACCGUCUCGUGGUCCGCAUUUCCCAUGCUCAACAUGACGGAAUCAGCUUGAUGAAGAUGUGGAACGCAUUUGAAGAAAUGUACGAUGACGGAAGUGACGACUCAUUGCACAUUCCUUCGGACACUAGCUUCCAAGAAAAGUCCAAGGCUAGUUUCUCCAACUACCUGCAUGCGGUGGCUGGUACAAACCGGGAGCAAGCUAAGUUUUACUGGCGAAGACUCCUCAAGGGCUCUAGCAUGACGAACCUCAAGCCCCAUGCUUCAUAUGCCCUGACCUUUGGCGAAGGACCAUGUGUCGCCAGACAUGUUCCUAAGAGCAUUGCUCAAGGUACUGGAUUUACGUUUUCUACUGUACUGAAGGCUGCUUGGGCGUACGUUCUGGCAAAACACCUUGCCAACGACGACGUGGUUUUCUGUAACCUCACUCACGGUCGGGGUCUGCCCGGGACACAAGAUGUCUUUGGAGCCUGCGUGAACAUCAUUCCUACUCGAGUAUCCUUUACCGACGGAUGGACUGUUGGCGACCUUCUCAGUGCAUUAAACACGCAACAGAUUGCGAGCAUGGAGCACGAGAAUAUAGGCACACGCGAAAUUGUCCGUGACUGUACUACAUGGCCAAAGUGGACAUAUGCAGGAUCCAUCAUUUAUCACCAUGACUUUGACGAUGGAGAAUAUAUUGCUCAUAACCGCAGUAUGCACGUUGAGCAGGAGCUAGAUCUGUCUCACGGCAAAGUGGACAUGACCGACGUUCAUAUCACUUCUAAGCCUGAUAACAACAUGUUCCGAAUUGAGCUGGACUUCGCACAUGGCGUGGUAUCUGAGCGUGACGCUGAACUGCUGGCUGCGAAACUGACGGAGUCUAUCAUCGUUUUCUGCAAUGUCAUGGACCAGCCUUUGUUAUCUCCCGACCAGAUCAGAUAUCUGCGGACAAGCACAUCGCUGCCCUCAGAGAAGCCUCUCAGUGCAACCCCAACAAAUGAACAGUUAAUGGUUGCUAGCAUUAGCCCGACUGAAAUGAAAUCGUCGCUUGAGAGUGCGUGGAGGGACACUUUCAAUUGCCGCCUUAGUCCUGAGGUGAAAGCUGGCAAGACAAUUUUUGAUCUUGGUGGUGACUUGGUAAGCGCUAGUCUGAUAUCAGCUCACAUGGAGAGGCAAGGAUAUGUCCUUAGUGUUGAGGAUGUCUUGGGGAAUCCGACUUUGUUCUCGCAACUGACGCUGUUGACGAAGCGCUCUCUUCGGGAUGUUGAUGUCUGA